UUGAUAGUCAAAUUAAUAAUUUCUUUAAUAAAUAAUUAGUUAAUGAUAGGCAAUAUAUUCGGGUAAUUUGCCGACACUUAAUUUAUAUGUUGAAAUGAUUUGUAUAAAUACCUUAUAAUUAUAUUUAAAUGUUUAGUUUCUUUGUAAUCUCUACUGGUUGUGUAGGGUGUUUUUAAUCAUAAUUUUUGAACCGUAGUCGAGUGAAUAAUUUAUUAUACAAUGAUGAGGUAUUUGUUACUCAAGCAAUUGAAAAGCGGGAAGGAUUCGGAGAUUAGUCCUCAAGCUAGUCAAAUUAAGGAUACGCAAGAUGUUAUUGUAAAAUCAAAAUAUUUCCAUAACUGUGCAACAAAAAAAUCUAGAAGAUUUCGAAGUGCUUUCACUACUGAACAAGUAGAUUAUCUAGAGAGAGAAUUCAGGAAAUUUCCUUAUAUCGGAAGUGGAACCCGUAGAGAAGUUGCAAUCAAACUAAACAUUCCGGAGAGAGCCGUAAAGAUUUGGUUUCAAAAUCGUCGUAUGAAAGAAAAGAAGGAAAGUCUCAACAAAGAAUUUGAUAUAGAACACCUAAGUAAAGAUGCAAUUAAGUUUACUAACGAGCCAUUAAAUAACUGGCAAUCAAGUCAUGACCAUCGCCCUUUCAUCCAUUCCUUUGAACAAGCUAAAAGAAGGGAUAUUGUCAACUUUUCGGAUAAGCCGAUUGCUCAGGCAAACACAGCUAAUAAAGGAAAAGUAUGUUCGUCUAAUAAACCUCCAUCCAUUGAUAAUAAAGUCGUAAGAACGAUCGAUAUUAGCAAAUCAACAUUUGCCGCUACCAAAAAUUCUAGUAGUGUAGAUGCAGUACCUAUAACUAAAAAAGUUAAAGGUAAAUCAAUCGGAGCUCCAGAAGCAGUAUCUAAACAGAAAAAAGCAAACAUUGCUCCUUCUAGGAAUCAGAAUCAAGGUCCUGCAAGCAGUUUACCGUCAACUAAAAAUCAAGUCAAGGUUAACAUCGAUCAAGACUCUCCCCAGGAUUUAUCAUCAAAAACUUCAAUAAACAAGUUGUAUCCACAGCAACCACCUCAUUAUCCAGUGGAUUCUAUGUCUGGUUCAGGGUUUGUGCCACUUCAUAUGCAGAGCUCUUAUCCAUCUGCUGCUUUGCCACCUGGUAACGUAUUUUGGAAGCCAGUUAAUAUGCUAUCAGCAAUACCUGUGCCACAUUCAUCAGCUGUAUCAAUCGGUAUUCCUCAAAAUGGCGCAGGAGUGCAUUUAGUCAAUAACCAUCACAUGAAUAGUUGCAAUUGUAACUGUCAUGGGUCACUCGUACAAUGUUUUAACCAAAUCAAUGCAAGACCACACCCACAAUAUAUUGUAGCAAUACCUUUUAUCAAUCCUCCUAAAUAAUUCUUGUUAUUUAUGGUUCAAUAAGUAACUUACUCAAUGAUAAAAUCAAUAAGAACGUAAAAAGUAACUAAUAAAGAAAUACAAAAUGUAUUUAUACAUACCUGACAAAUUUUGUCAAAUGUAUACUUAACAAAAAUAUCUGUAACCUAACUAUAUAAUGUAUUAUUAUGUAACCAAUGUGAAAAUUCA